CCAGAAAUUAGGGUUCUUGAGAGCCAUGGACGCCAAGCUUGGGGAGGCACUCCAGCAAGCUCACGAUCUGGCGGCGGACAUGGUGAAGCAAAUGGCGAACGAGCCUUCCGUGGGGCUUUACUUUGUCCAGCAGCACGUCCACAAGGCUGUCCCGGCGAUUGUUUCUCUCAAGGAUCAAGUAGGCGAUUGCGCUCACGACUCGGGGCUCAGCACUGAGGAUGCAAAGGACGCGCUCGCUACUGUCAGAAAUUUCAAAGGAGUCGGGCCUCCGGUGAUUGAGAGAAUGAUGAAACGUCUCAACUCUUCGAUCCAAGCCCUCCAACCAUCCAGGAGCAAGGAAUCAAGCUACUCGGUCUCGGAGAUGGCUAAAAACGCUAAAAAGCUCGUCUCCUCCCCGUUCAAGUCCGAGGAGUCCCCAACAAGCAAGUCCUCCGAUUCGUCCACAAACUACGCGAGAAACUUAUGGGACUCGGCCGUGGAUCGAGCCAGCAGCUUCACUCGGAAACCUCCUUCUCCAAUUCCAGCCUCGUCCUCUCCAACACCAGACACGCCGCCAUCCCCUCCAGCUGAAGCUCCGGCAGCUUCUUCUCCAUCUCCUUACGGCUACGCUCGCUUGGUUUUGGAGUCGGCCUCUCAGCGAGUAGGCAGCAUUGGAUGGAGCGACUCUAGCAGCAGCAAAGAGGACAGGGACAAACCCACAGGAUCCACGGAAGAACUCAAACUUUCCAGCGACAACUCGAGUAACAAACCCGUUCGAGCAGUGCUGGACACGAUUUCUACGACGAGUAAAACUCCGGAGACGGAAGGAUCGGAAGCGCCAGCAGGGGAAGGAGAGAUUCCUGGGAACUCGACAGAGAUUCAGGAGGGGUUUGACAGGUUCCAGGCGGAGAGCGCGGCUAAACUGGCGGCUUGGCUGGAUAAGCCAUGAGUGUGAGAGAGAGCCAAGUUUCUUAAGCUCCGGCUAUGGCGGUUUACACGUGGCUGCAUGCACGGGUGCAUGGUCGCCAUCCAAAAGCGCGGAGACAAAUUCUGGAAGCCCAUUUGGGAGAGAGGGGUCUGACGGAGCCAAGAAAAAAAAAAGAGAGGAGAGCUUCUCCACAGCGUCGCCGUCACUACAGCGUCAUGAUCUUCGUGGAGUGGUGGCCAGCGUAAAAACUAUUCUUCUUCUCCAGAGAUGAUUUGCUGAUAAGAAGAGAGCAAAGCAAAAGGAGCUCGAAGAAGAACGAAGAAGAAGGGUGAUUGAUUUGGAUAAGGAAAUGAUACUCGUGGCGCUGCUGGUUCACUUGAUCGGCGACUACUUCGCGACGGUGGUGAGGCUCUUGAGUGAAUUGGUGAGAGAGGCUCCGCUGCCGAGCAGGAUCAGGAUCCUCAUCCUCCGGAGGCUUCGCUCGGUGUCAUAGAUCGAGCAAAGCGAGCUUUUUUACCUGGAAAAUGGGGGAUUGAAUCGAAAAAUUCUUCUUUGCUCGGUC